UUCCAAUCCCCUCCAUAUCAUGUGAUUCAGGUGUCCCAAUCCCCUCCCAAUCAUGUGAUUCAGGUGUUCCAAUCCCCUCCAUGGACACAGGUGUAUACAAUCCAGCCCCUAGGCAUGCAGACGGCUUCUACAAACAUUGGUGAAAGAAUGGGUCGCUCUCAGGAGCUCAGUGACUCCAAGCGUGGUCCCGUGAUAGGUGGCCACCUGGGCAAUAAGUCCAUCUGUGACAUUUCCUGGCUACUAAAUAUUCCACGCUCAACUGUUAGUGGGAUUAUAACAAAGUGGAAGCCACUGGGAACAACAGCCACUCAGCCA